GUCCGUUUGUGUUCCAGCGUUACAGAUUCCGAGUAGAAACACGGACUCGCUGUUUUCCAUCCGUUAUCCGUCGAACAUCGCAUCCUGUCGUUGUUACAGCAGGUUUUUAAUUCACUAAUUUGAUGCAGCUGACGUCGUUGUAAUCGUAAACGCUCGAAGCGACAUAAAUUCCGUCUGUUUCAGUCAUGUCCUUCCAGCCGGACCGUGGGGGUCUGAGGGGACAGAUGCCCCCCGGCCAGAACUACCUGAGCCCUCCCGCUCCCCAGCCUCCUGCUCCACCGUACCGUUACGACCCACAGACUCCGCCGGGUUCGGGUUACCAUGGCAGCGCCGGCUGCAUGCCCCACCACCCUGACUUCAUGCAGUACCCUCCCCCGGCUCCGUCGCAGCAGACCCCCGGCGCUCUGAGGCAGUGCCCGCUGCGCCCGCCUUUCCCCAAACCACCUCCCAAUUUCCCGCCUCCCCCUUUGCCCAGCUCAGCAGGGGGUCCUACUCCCGGCUCCCAGGUGUCUGUUCAGACCUCCUACCCCCCCUACAUGAUGCCUCCGCCCCCACUGCCUCACCCAACCAUGCCUCCGCCCAUGAGCUACCACCCCCCGUACCCCAUGAACUACCCUCCUUUCCCUCCUCCGCCCUUCAACCCUGGCUACACCCAGACCGCUGGCCCCUUCCAGCCGGACCACGGCCUGCGACACGGGGGGCCGUACCCGUACGAGAAGUCCGCCGACAGCCGGAGGUCACCGGAAAGAGGGUAUCGCUAUGACGACCACAGGCAGAAGAGCUACGGCGAGCGACACAGAAUGGAGUUCAGCGGAGAGAGGAAGGAGCGCGGGAGGAGUCCCGACCGGCGCGGGAGGCCGGAGGGAGGGCGCUACAAAGCUGACUACGACAGAGGGAGGAGUCCGCCGCGACACCGGAGCCGGGAGAGGAGCAGGGAGCGGUACCGCCACCGAGAUGUUCGUCGAUCCCAGUCACCUGAUCGGUACAGGAAGAGACCUCGGAG